AUGGGGAUCCUAAGUAGCAGGAUCUUGCGAUGCAGAGAACCAGGUACCAUAGAUCCGCAGCAGUCUGAACCCACAGCGGGUCCCAGUUACAUAUCUAGCAGUCGGAAGCGUAAGCAGAGUGGUGGGUAUUGUUCGGGCUUAAAAUCUGACACCGAGAAGUUUCAGGACCAGGGAGAAAAUCUACAGCAAGUCUUCAGCACCAGCCACAGAAAAAAAGUUAAGAUUACAUCCAAGUAUGCUUACCAAAAUUUAUUUUUGAAUGGGGAAAACAGUGACAUCAAAAUCCGUGCUCUGGGAAAAAUAUGGUAUUUACACAAAAUAUUUUUAUAUCAAUCAGAUUACUUUGCUGAUAUGUUUAGAAGUUCUUGGGAAGAAUUGCACAAAGAUAUUAUUGAACUGGAUAUUCGUGACCAGAAUAUAGAUAUCCAAUCUUUGCACUUUGUACUAGGUUCAUUGUAUAGGGAUGAGUAUUUCUUAAUAGAGCCCCUUCAAGUUCCAAGUGUUUUGGCAACAUCAUGUCUGCUUCAGAUAGAGGACUUAAUUCAGCAAUGUAAUGAAACCAUGAAAGAUACAAUUAAUGUGAAAACUGUAUGUAGUUAUUAUGCAGCAGCAGAAACCUAUGGGUUAGAUUCUGUAAAGACAGGGUGCUUUGAAUGGCUUCUUCACAAUUUGAUGACACACCCAAGUGCUGAGCUCUACAAAGAAAUAGGCAUAGAGCUUAUGGAUUUGCUCAUCUCUUCCUCUAAUUUACUAGUAAUACAAAAGGAAAUGGAUAUAUACACAACACUUAAAGAGUGGAUGUUUCUUCGUCUUAACCCAUCUUGGAAAGGCUCAAUGAAACAGCUUCUAGUUAAUACUAAUAAUUGGCUUUCCAGACACAGGGAAUGUGGUGGUUAUAACACUUUUCUUGACACAGAAGAAGGAAUAUCAUUUAAACCAGUGUUUAAAAAAUUGAGGUUUCAGCAUAUCAUCUGUGACCUGGCCUCAACAAAAGUCAUUGAACAAGAUGGUCUAAUACCUUCAGAGUGGUUGUCAUCUGUUUACAAACAACAAUGGCUUACCUUGCUUAAGGCACAACAAUACAGGGAGAUCGGGCCUCGAGACAUCAAUGAAACAGAACUUGAAGGAUACAGCAUGAGGUGUGGUAAAAGGAUUAUCAAAGAUGGUAAAUAUUCCUGGAAGUGGUCAGGUUACAAUUUUGGCUUUCACUUACAAGUUAUUUUUAACAGCCAUUAUAUAAUUUUCAAGCAAAAUACUUUCAGUCAGCUAUGUGAAGAUUCUGCCUGCUUACAACCUCUACGAAAUAUUGCGUUCAGAUUAACUUUGGUAUAUUUUGAUGCUAAUGGAAAACUAAAUUUCAGCAAAACAACAGGCUAUAAAAUACUUACUUUUUCAAAAGAUGAGGAACAAGUGGUGAUGAAGUUGGAUAGCAUAAUUCUGAACUUCCCUUUAUAUAUAUUCUGCAACUUCCUAUUUAUAUCAUUAGAAAAUACAGAAAACUGA